ACAUAUCUUCCUUGAUUGGACUGUCAUCUAUCAACUCCAUCCGGUUCAUCACCAUGCAUUCCACCCAGGUAGUCACGUAUGGUGCCCACCGACGUUCAGCUUCUCGUCUAACGAUAUUUGCACACCUGUUCGGCAUCCUGGCUUUCAUCUUGAUGCUGGUUUGGUUGCUCCAUUAUCGUGGCGGUAUCGAGUACGGUUCUUAUGAUAGCUUUCGUGUUUUCAAUGUUCACCCAUUUCUUAUGUUCUGUGGGUUCAUUUUUCUGUCUGGUGAAGCAAUGAUGGCCUACAAGACAGUACAAGCUAAACAUAUUGUGCAGAAGGUAGUCCAUAUGAUACUACAGCUUAUGGCUUUUGUGCUUGGGGUGGUUGGGAUUUGUGCAGUUUUCAAGUUCCAUGAUAUGGCCGGCAUAGAGGAUGUUUACAGUUUGCAUUCAUGGAUUGGCAUCGCCACCAUUUCCUUGUUUGCAUUGCAGUGGCUAGCGGGGUUGUCCACUUAUAUGUUUCCGCAAACAGACGUGACGAGGACAGCCGUGCUUCCCUGGCACGUUUGUCAUGGCAGGACAUUGCUAUACAUGUCGAUAGCUGCAGCUCUCACUGGCUUGAUGGAGAAGGCUACCUUCCUCAACCUGCGCCAUGGCCAUGAAACUCGUUUGAUCAAUAUCAUAGGACUAUCUAUCCUCUUGUUUGGCAUAUUUGUAGAUCUCAGCGUUGCUCUUGCCCGUUAUGUCUGAUUAUUUAUGAAUUGUUUUAAUCAUCUUUUUUUUUUCUUUUGCAUGUGUGUGGUUUUCAUCUUGGUUUUCUCUUUCUUUUUUGGGGUGAAUUUACACUGGAUUGAUGUUGUAAUUCCGAUAAUUUUAAUUUAUUAUUCAUUUCACUUAUACAAUUUAAUUUCCCCCAA